AUGGACAGUCCAUUCUCUAGAGGAGCUCGUAACAUUUUCGGUUGGAGAAAGGAGGAGGGGAGGUUUGUGCUCAAUCUGAAGAAGUGUUUGUUUUUCCGGGACUCUGUGGAAUAUUUGGGACACCGCAUUUCACAAGAGGGCGUGGCGACAGAUCCGGGAAAGAUACGAGAUAUGGUUGAGUGGCCAAUUCCAACCACAGUAAAAGGAGUACGUGGCUUCCUGGGUUUGAUAGGCUACUACCGCCGUUUUGUUAAGAAUUAUGGCACUAUUGCGCGGCCCCUGACAUAUUUGCUAAAAAAUGGGGAGUUCACUUGGUCUGAGGAGGCGCAGCAGGCGUUCCAGGAACUUAAGCAAUGGAUGACGCAGACUCCAGUCCUUGCCUUACCCGAUUUCACUGAAACAUUUGGGGUUGAGACGGAUGCUUCAGGGGCAGGGAUAGGGGCGGUUUUAUUGACCGGUGGCUUACUUUAG